AGGACAUCAGGCGAUGAUUUCUUAUUCGUGUCGAUUAUAUACAAGGCGUUUUCGUGCAAUCCUUAAAGGGCGAAUACUAGUCGAGGAAACAAAAUACCUAAACGACAAAAUGGAACAACAUCUGCAUAGGAUAGUAGUGGCUAUGCCAUGUAGUGACUUCGUUUAGUACAAGUUGCCCAAUUGCGAAAGACCGCAACCUGCUGAGCUCCAACCAUGUCCAUCUACGACCUAAUCCAGCGUACAAACAUUAUUUUGAAGAAGUAUGAGAGGUAUGACGCUCCAAUUAAGACUCGGCAUGGCAAGACGGAUGACCCCUUCAUGGAGGAGUACGAGGAGGUGGAGUCAGAACUGGAAAAGCUGCUUGAGGCGGCCAGCGAAGUGGCGCUCGAGCAGAACCGCGCGAUAGUAGCUGCUAAGAACGCGGAGAUUCGGAGAGCAAAGAAUGUGCUGCUGACGGAAGCUGUCCAGGCGCUGGAGAAGAAAGUAAAGAAGGGAAGGGGCGUCAACAAGCAGAUUAUUGCUGACCGACAAUCGAAGAUCAAGGAGCUGAUAGAGCGGAUCUACGCGGUGCCGGAUGGCAUGAGCAUGGCGGCUAACAGGCGGCCCGCGAGGACGUACGUCAAGGGCAAGAAGGGCGAGGGUGUCUACAUCAACGGCCAGCUCGACUCCAACCCCGCUAACCAGGACGGUUACUACGCGCACACUGAGUCGACCCAGAAGUUCGAGAAGGAGUGGGAGGAAACUAAGAAGCAGCAGGACAAGAAGCUGGAUAUGAUUGAGCAAGGGGUGGGCGAGCUCGGCGAUAUGGCCCGAAACAUCGGCGAGGAGUUCGACCGGCAGGCCCCCAUGAUUGACGACAUCGAGCAGCAGAUGGACAAGGUGACCAGCCACCUCAAGACCAACAACGCCAAGCUGAAGGGCAUGGUGGACAAGAUGCGCUCCUCGCGCAACUUCUGUGUGGACAUCAUCCUCAUCACCGUGCUGCUGGCCAUCGGAGCCUACAUCUACGCCAUGUUCAUGUGAUGUGGUGUUGUGCGGGUGCGCGUUUGCUGGGUGAUGGGCUGGACUAGCUGGCUACAGAGCCCAUGGGCUUGUGAUGUUUACAUGAGUGAACUGGGCCGUGCCGGUACCGUAUGCAGGGGCACUGGCCGGUGCCCCCGUGGUGAUCGGAGAUUAAACCAACUAUCCAAGCAUUACCAUGUGAUUGGGGUUGUUUGCUUGCUCGCGCGUUAGAAUCCUUGUGUGAUUUAGGUUGGCUAGCUUGCGGUGGGCCUAAGGUGCCAAUCAGCGUGAUGUCAGUAGGGCGGGGGACCGGAAGGGGGCUUCUGAGUUCUGGGUGGCCGCAAGCACCGCCGUUGCGACCACUUGUGUCUGUGGCAGCCUGUACAUACGCAAGGCACAUGAGGAGGGGCCCGAAGAGGGCGGUGGUGUAGGAGGGUUAGAACCCACAAGAGAGUGGUAGGAAAGGGUAGGCACGUAUGUAGCAUUUAACAUAGACAAAUUCGCCUCAUGGCGUCAGGAGUCCUGUGGAGGAUACCACAAACCAAGCCGCAGCAGGCGACUGUCGAGCAUUGAUGCGUCGGUGUGGGCUGCAUGACCUGUUCUCGUAAUUCAAGAUGGUGUCAAACCUGAGGAGCUGAGGACAUCAGCUAGUACUCGGCUGGUUCCGAUAGCAUUCUACCACUCCCUACCCUGCGGUGUGUCACAGCUGUGAAGCUGGGCAUGCGGCUGCUGGUGUGCUCUGACAAGGGCUGACAGGGUCUUGUCCUAGGGUUCGGCUACCAGGCCGUGCUGCGUUCUAGCCUUCCCGAUGAAUCGAGGUUUGCUCUGGCAGGAGGACGGGGUUGUGCACCGGUUGUCUUUGAAGCGCGGUCAGCGAGCCCAGGCACGACGCCCGCAGAACCAGACUCACACCAGCCCGCAAAGACCGCAGACCUUCUUCCUGUGUGUUGGGACCUUGGGACCUUCUUCCUGUGUGUCCUGAGGCAUUGGGACAAAAGGGAGGGCGUCAUGGGCGACCCAUGGGUCUGCGUUUUCAUAGCAGUGUAUGCUGUGCAAGGCGUCCAGGUGACCACAUCUCGUUGCAUGGGUUUAGCUACGCGAAGUGCACAAUGGGGUGGGGAAACAUGGGACAACCGGGAAGCACGUGCGCUAGGUACGAGCCGUGACGAGGCUUCUCCCUUGCUGGGGGAGUGGCGUAGCUGUGCAUGCGGCACGUGACAAGGUUGGUGGGUGCUGAAAGAAUGGAGAGCGGUGAACUACCACGGAGAAGCAGCCUCCAUCUCUGCAAGACGUUCGGCUAAAACGCAGGGUGCACGCCUUUGUCCACGUUCGCAUGCCCCCCUCUCCCCGCACAGGUGGGCAGCUCGACUGUCAGGCCCCCCGCUCGCAUGGUAGUCCCUCAUGACGUCAUAUGAGGGGGGUUGCCUGCUUGCCUCCCCAUGAGGGAGUGCCGGUACCUCCUUCCGUUCCAACCAAGAUGCCCUCGCUGAAACGACAACGAGUUGCGAUGAGCGAAUGAAUGACUGUUACAUGUUGUGAGUGCUUGUAAGGCUUGAUUCAGCACGAAAUGCAGUUGAGAGUACUAACAGUCGUCACAAGCACAUUUCAAGAUGCUGCUAGGCUCAGGCUGUCUGAGCGAGUGCUUGGACCACG